CUUUUUCUUUUAUUAUUUAACCCCUAAAAUUAAAUUCCCCAACGAAAAGAAAAGAAAAGAAAAGAAAAGAAAAGGUUGUUUGAUUCAGUGAAAAGGAAGUUUUUCAAAUGGCCGUUGCUGAAGAACCGAUUCUCUCUCGGUUGGACCGGCUGGAUAAUAUGUUGAGGCGGCUGGAGGAAAUUAAAGGGUGCGCCAAGUCUCCAAAAAGUUCGUGUGCAUCCACUCCGUCAAGUGGGACCCUGACGAGCGACUAUCACACAUCGUCCGUUGAUCUGUCCCCAAAAAGUCUGGAGAAGCACUGCCGUCCGAUCAACCACGUCGUCAGAGUCGCUGAACUCAAAGGAAGCCUCGUUGAGAGAAUGGAUAAUUUAGAGGACAGAGUUCUCAAGCUUUGUAUACAAGUAGAGGGAGAGAUGGAAAGGGAGAAGGAUAUGGUAAUGGCUGAUCAGAAGAAGAAGAAGAAACCCAAGAAGAGCUUUAAGCAACUCGUUCAACAGUGCAUGACUGGGCAGGGAACAACACGCGACUCGUGGUCUUGAUCUUGAUCAUUUUUUGUUUAUUCGUUUUUCUUUGUUUCUUGUUUUGUAGGACUUAAUUUUCUUUUUAGUAUUUUUGUAGAGUUGUUGAAGUUUGUGUUUUUGUUUCUAACCACUUUGUAGAACCUUAGGUCUCUGGUUGAAGAUGUUUAUAAAAUUUUGUUCGACAGUUUAUGGCA